AUGAAGCUGGAAUUAAAUCCGCCAUACACCACCCUCUCAGACGAAGCCGAUAGACCUGUUCAGUACCACUCAAAGGCAGACCCUUGCAUCCGCAAAAUGGGAAGAACUUCUGGCUUGAUCGGUCUACUCUACAUCACAAUAUCCUUCGGAGUGAGUUCUAAACGGGUACGGCAAUGCGUGUCAUAUCUCAGUGCAACCUUUCCCUUCUGUCUUCUCGAUGUAAUGCCUCUGAAAAUUCAUCACAGUAAAGUCAGUCGUGCCUCCUCAUGA